AUGAAUCUAGAGGGCAAGAGCGUACAUCCAUUCUUUUCCAAGCCUUCCAGUGGUCAGGCCCCAGAGCCCCUGCAAACCAACGACGAUGCCCCGACAAACAAUGGCCACGGCGGAGCCGAAGGCGCAGAUACAAACUUCAAGUCUGGUAAAGGACGCAAGAAGAGGACCACAAAGAGCGAUGGCGUCAAGGAGAGGAGCCUUGUAUCCCACAUGAAGAACCAGGCGUCUUUGGACCGAUUCACCCGACCUCCCUCCGCACAAGCAACGAGUGAGACGACUGCGAACAACACCAGCGGGUCUGCCGACGUCGCUUUGGAGGUAGAUCCCAAUCACGACCGAAGAAAAAGACAAAAGACUGCAUCGCCAGAACUUUCAGACAGCCCUCCCCCCUCUGCACAAGUCGAGCCUGUCCAACCCGAACCCAUUUCUUUGGACUGGCACCAGCAACUACAAGUACAGGCUGCCGGACCGGCGGGCCUGGAUCCGACACCGAACGCUCUCUUGCACACCGAUGUGGCCAUGACAGAUAUUUCUGAAGAGCCUGGAUGUGACCGCAUGGAGCACUCAAACACAUCUACCACACCUAGUACGCCAUUACCAGUCGCCGGUCCGGAGCCUGUGGCUGUUGCAUCUGAAGCCGCGCCGAAAGAUACAAAAGAGACAACACCAAAGAAGCAAAUCAAAGUCACCAAGAGCGGCAGACUGGUUUCUAGCCCACCCAAGCCAAUCGCAGAGCCAACUUCUCCAAAGAAGAGACGAGGCCGGAAGCCCACUAAAGCCAAAGUUCUUCCCACUGUGACCGUCAUAAAAUAUGGAACAGAUGCAGCGAGCCGAUCGGCCAUCGGUAAAAAGAUAGAAGAAAUUCUGAACUCGAAAAGAACGACAACCAAACGCCAAACAACUCAAAGGAACACCGCGCCGAAACCAGCUGCGCCGCCCAAAGUCACUCAUCCCUUUUUUCUUGGAAAGUCCCAGAAAGAUGCUCCUCCGGUUAAAGUGGUCACGGAUCUGCCCGCCGCAACCCCCAGGAAGAGCGCUGUCACCCCAGGAAAGUUGCGUGCUGAGACAAGGAGAGACCAGUCACCAGAGGCGACGACAUUUUAUAGCAGAGGAUUACAGACCAGCAAAGCAGGCAAACAUUCUGGCCUCAACGAAGCCUCGUGGCCAACAGGCGAAAAUGCGCAUGUUCGUAACCUGGAGACAGGUUUACCCCGGCGCUUGGACAACUCCUCUGGUGUGCAACUAGCAUUAAGGCCACGGAAACUAAAGAGCAAUGUCGUCACCCUAUCAGAAAAAGAGUGCAUAAUCACGAGGCUGGCGCAGGACCUCUCACAUAACCGAUGCGCGCGAAACGAGCAAAUGUCCGAUUUCGCACCUCCCGAAGAUGUCCGUCUACCAACACGUCUACUCACCACCGGCCCUGAGGUAAAGCGUAGAGUGCAUCAACAGCUACUGGCUAGGUCACCGUCUUCAGGUACCGCCGAGCGACAGCGACCAUUCCAUGCAGCCGUUGAGGGUCUUCUCAAGCAGAUCGAGUACACCCUUACUCCAUUUGAUGAGGGAAAGUGCGAGACUCAAUCCUGGGCUCAAAAAUAUGCUCCAAAUUCUGCCGCCCAUGUGCUACAGACUGGUACAGAUGCAGUGGUACUAAAAGAUUGGUUGGAGAGUCUAACAGUUAUGGCUGUGAGUGGCGCGUCGAAGAUCUCUGCUACAGUAGAUGCGAAACAGCCACCACGGAAGAAACGCAAGAAGGCUGUUGAUGAUUUCAUUGUUCCAGACGAUGAAGACGAAGAGGAAGACAUGCUGAGUCUGUCCGAAGCAGAUGGGAGAAACUCCAUGGAACCAGGUUCUUUUAGACGGCCACAGUGGACGCGUGACAAAAAUGUCGUACUCAUUAGUGGGCCCCAUGGCUGUGGUAAGAGUGCGACCGUUCACGCUGUAGCCAAAGAGAUGAACUUUGAAGUCUUCGAGAUACACGCCGGAAUGCGUCGCUCGGGGAAGGACAUCCAAGACAAAGUGGGCGACAUGACUGGGAACCACCUCGUGAACCAUAAACGCAACGCAGCGUCGAUUCAGGAAAUCGUUCAAUCCGCGGAAGACGCAGACGAUAAAGACGCAGAUACGGCUCUUACCAAAGACAUGAGCAGUGGCCGGCAAGGGACUAUGACAUCCUUCUUCCAAGCAAAACCCGGGGCGGUAAUGGCAAAACCAAAGGCACAACCACGGCUUCAGCCAACCAAGGCAACACCAUCAUCAGCUCAAGCAACGCUUCCGCUCGCCCAAGCAUCGCGCGCCUCGCAAAAACAAUCUUUAAUUCUCAUCGAAGAGGCGGAUAUUCUGUUCGAAGAAGACCAGCAGUUCUGGGCGCAGAUCACUAAGAUGGCAUCUCUCUCGAAACGGCCCAUAGUCAUUACUUGCAACGAUGAGCGACAAGUCCCAAUGCACGACUUGCCGCUCGCUGCCGUGCUGAGAUUCCAGCCUCCUCCUGUGGAACUUGCCACUGACUAUCUGCUUGUUCUAGCUGGAACAGAAGGCCACGUUCUGGAGCGACAAGCUGUAAAAGAGCUAUACCAAUCCAAAGAUCAUGAUCUCCGAGCCAGCAUCAUGGAGCUGGACUUUUGGUGCCAGAUGUCUGUUGGAGACCGAAAAGGCGGUCUGGAAUGGAUGUAUCAACGCUGGCCGCCAGGCAAGGACGUCGAUGAGCACAGCCAGACAUUGCGAGUGGCCAGCGAGGGCACGUAUCAAUCCGGCAUGGGCUGGCUCUCGCACAACGUCUUUGAAACCCAAGACAACGCUGCCUUUGACAAGGAAGAAGAACUCUUGCACCAAGUCUGGGCUGAUUGGGGUAUCAGCCCCUCUGAAUGGCGAGCUCCAGCCACGAACGCACAACAAUCACUCCAUACGCAGAGUACGGAGCCGUCUCGCCGCAUGCAAGAGCUGGACCGUCUAACAGCCUACACCGAGUCGUUCAGCGCAGCCGACAUUUUCUGCCGCAUCGACCUACCUUCAUAUAGCACAGAUCACGAGCAACCCACCGACGCCUCGCAGCCUCCCAUGCCCGAGAAAUCGCGGUUAAGCUACACGCUCUCGGCGCCACUCAUGCAAAUCGACCACUGUGCAGACUUCUUCAACCUCGACACAGCAUUCACCACGCAGACACACCUGCUCAUCCACCGCGCAUACCCAGCCAUCUCGCAGACAUGCUCCGCACGCGCAGCAGCACCCACGUGCGAAAGCAGCUACGCGAAGCACAUCCUGCAAUGCCGCGAGACCAAGAAGACGAAAACAGCGCUUACCCGCACCGACUUCGCAGCUGCGCUUGAUUGUCUCGCCGCGCCGCCCGACCAGUUCCUGUCGGAACGCACGUCGUACACGCUUACGCCCUCGUCGUUUGAUCGUUCUUUCAGCCUUGUUACGCUGGACCUUGCGCCCUACGUCCGCAGCAUCGUGGCGCACGAGCAGACGCUCGAGCAGCAGCGUGCGCGCAUGGCGGACGCGCAUGGCGGAAGCGGCUUUGGCGCUAGGAAAGCGCGCACAACGAGGGCGAGUCGCGUUGCGCUUGAAGGCGGGGUUAGAGAGGCGAAGCGAAGAGAGAAGUGGUUCGACGCUGACGUGGACUUCGACGCUGUCAUGAGUACUGCGGGGAGCGACUGGGCGGGUUUAGGCUGGAAGUGUGAGGAAAGGAUUGAUGAGGACGAUGCGGUUAGCUUGGUGGGCUCGGAGAUUGAUGGCGAGUUUGAGUAUGAGGAUGAUGUUGUUAUGGGGUGA